AUGAAAAGAAAAGUUGGAAAGGAUAAUAAUGUUAAAAAUGAUGAAGAUGAUUGUGAUUUUGAGCCUAAAUUGACAAGGUCAAAGGCUAAAAAAUUAUUACAAGAUCAAUCAAAAGUUGUUUGGCCGAUAAAACCAAAGAGAAAUGUUGUAGAAAGUGACCUUAAUAUAUUUAAUGAAGAAUUACCAGAAGAAUCUGAUGAUGAAGAAUAUAAGCCUAGUAUUGAUGAUCUGCAAGAGCAAAGCGAAGAAGAAUCAGGAAGACAUUCGAUUGUCAGCACUGCUUCUCACACCUCCCUUCUUGAUCUAUCAGUCAGUCAAUAUUUAGAAAAUUUUGAUGCUAAUUUAUUAGAUAGCGAAACAAUGAAAUGCUCUCCUGAUUCCGUUUUUAAAAUCCCAUCAGAAAAUAUUGGGCAAAGAACAAGAUCUAAACUCUGCCUUAGUGACACUCCUUUAGAAGCGAUUGAAAAAGCUUUUGUGCCUCCAGACAUUACAACAGACAUGUAUGAUUUUCAAUGUGAUAACGAAGACUGGGAAAACUUUUUAAAAGAAUUCAUGCAACCAUUAUCGAAUGAUUUAGAGGAUGACGAUGAAGCUGAUCCAGAGUAUAAUGCUCUGGCAGAUGAAGAAGAAAUGUAUAAAGAAGAGCUAAGAAGAGAUAGAGCUGUUAAAAUAUCAAGAAAAGAAUUAAGAAAAUUAAUGGCUGAACUUUUCGAAUGUCCAGAUGAAUUUUCAAGUGAUGAAGAAGAGGAAAAGAGAGUCAAGACUGAAAUAGUAAAUAAGGUAAAUGCUGAUUUAAAUGAAAAAGCAGAAAAGACUGAUGAAGAGGUUAAAGAAAAUGAAACUUUCAUGACGAAAACUCAAAUCCUUCUUCUUCAACAGCAACUGAGACAACAUGCAACUUUAGUCGAAUUAAGCAAUAUAAAUAAAGUAUCAGCAUUUAACAUAUAUAAUUUGGAACCAGCAUUUUCUCUAAUUGAAAAAUGGGAAAAAUAUUUAAUGAGUGAAAAUGGAACAGAAGUUAUUGAGCACAUGAAAAACGAAGUGAAAAAAGCUAAAAAAGCAAAACAAAAAAGUAAUUAUCAUCGUGUAAUUUUUCAUCCGAGUUUGUUGAAACUUAUUUCAGAAAGUAAUGUAUUUAUGUAUUCGUUACUUUUACCUCCUACAGGAUUUCGUUGUGAUGGACCAUUAAAAAUGGAAUUUGUAGAUCACGAGGAUGCCCUCAUAGCUAUUGGUUUAGAUGAAUUUAUGCCAUAUUUAAAAAAGUAUCCGAGAUGGUUUGAUAAAAAUAAACUGACAGAAAAGGGUGCUUGCGAAUUAAUAAGUGAAUAUUUAAUGCCUGCUAAAACUCCUUUACAAAUUGUUUCCCGAAUCAAGCAUGUUAAAUCAGUUAAUAGCAAUCCAAUCAAUUAUUAUCGAACUCACAGGAGAGCUCCACAAACAAUUCAUUUUGUCAUACCUUUUAAUGAUCAAUUAAAACAACCUCCGUGCAAACGAGAAAAAUUUCUCUUACCUCUUAUGUUUAAAAAUUAUAUUCAUCCUCCUCCUCCUGAAGAAGAAAAAAAAUUGAAUUGA